UAAUAUCAAAUAUCUUUCUAUCAUUACAUAAACCACUAAUCACACCUAUCACCCAUCCAUCAAUCAACCCAAUCUCAACAUCAUUAUGGAUCUAAUAACGGCAGUUCAGCAAGUAAUAGACAAUGCUUUAAUGGCUAAGAGUGGCUAUUUGACCCCAGCGGGUCUCACUAGCGUGCCAAGCUAUGGCAUUCCUUUCCAAGUCCCUAGCGGUACCGUAGCACUCUUCCAAGACCCCAAAUUUCAAGGUGCGAGAUCCGACUUCGUCUUAUUGAUUACACAGUCAACCAGCGCCAUGUAAUUCCAAAUGCCAAUUACGACAGCGCGAGCGUGAUCCUAUUCAAUUCACCGACCGACACGGUAGUGACCCUGAUAUCGGGCUACAAAAACGACGAAGGCAAAGUGGCCAAUCUUAAAGAUUGUGACACAUGUCUUGACCUAGUCGGCACCGGGAAGACAGUUUCAAUUGAACUGCGGUCCCUUGGCAUCAAUGACGCGGUUCUAUGUUCUUCUGGCGAACCGUCGACCUUAAUAUGGGCGCCAUCGAGCUUUUCGCCGAUGGCAAUUUUACUGGCAGACGUUCGACAAUCUUCCUCAGUGAGUGGGCCCUGACACGGUCCACUCACUUAGCGGUUGGGCAAUCAACAAUUCCACAAGCUUGAUGCGCUGGCAUUCAAUGAAAGAUCGACAAAUGGCUGUAGUGUAUGAUGGCGCAGACGGCACCGGGUCAUCGUACUCCAACAUCAAGGGCUGGGGCAUUAAGGAAGUUCCGUACAUGUGGGAUGUUCGCUUCGAUGAUUGUAUUAGCUCGUUCAAGUGGAACAGCAUCGUCCCCAAAAAAGAAAUUAUUGAGCCAUUCAACGUUAUGGCAAGCAAUUCAUCGAACGCCUUUGGAUUGACUGCUGUGAAUGAAGGGGUCAACAACAGUAGCGAGGUGCAAGCUAUCUCAGUCUCCCUCAAUAACUCGACCGCCCAGACUACCACUGUUGAGACCUCGGAUCAGCAUGUAGUAGGGGUCUCAGCAUCAUUCACUCAGACAGCUUCCGCGGGGGUUGAGGGUGUCGCAUCAACCUCGACAUCAUGGACAGUAGCAGUUAAUUAUUCCUAUACACGUACCGACACCAGAUCAACCAGCGAAACCAAAACAAUUGAUUUGAAUAUCACACAAGCCGUCAAUGCACCAGCCCGAACGAGAUAUAAGGCUACUUUAUUGGUAACCAUCGGUCGCCUCCCUGCUACCGAGUAUAUCACCACAGCACAACGGUGGUAUUCAGAGCCAGUCACUGGCGGUGUGAUAGAUCCCUCGAACAACAAUUGGUACAAGCGAACUGAAGAUGUGAGAAUCAACAUUUCGGGUAGCCUGGCAUGCACCACCAAUGUGAAUAUUCAAGCAACUCCACUUUAAAGCUGUUGGGUUUGAUGAAUUCGGAGGAUUUCUUUGUCCCAUGAGUUGAGGUCAAGUCUUUGGUUCUAAUAGCUUUCCUUGAUGACUUACUUUGAAGCGGGUACCAGCUGAUGGAGAAAUUGCAAGAACGAUGUAGCUGGUCAUAUGGUGUGCUGCCUGUUUACAAAACAUUCAUUAAAUUAGUCAUUCGUCAGUUUAUUGUUGUUGAAACGAAUUUCUUUGUAGUGAUCCU